GCAUUGCUAAUGUAUUCGCCAGAGCCGUGAAACAGGAAACAAGAAUCUGCUUCACUGUGAAUAAGUGAAAUGAUUUAUUGUGCAAGUGUGGAUCGGACCAAGUGCACCAUGAGAGCUCAGAUUAUCAUCCUCAUUAUCUCCGCCACAACAGAACACUGUGGGGCCCAAGUCAAACCUGUGGUGACCUUUACACCCAACUGGAGGAUUAUAUUUCCAUAUGAAUCAGUGACGAUAUCCUGUAACGUGGGAUCUACGACUCAGGGGAACCUAAGAUACUACUGGUCCAAAGAUGGUAAAGUACUGUCUCAAAGUCAUCAUCAAAGGACAAUCAAAAUCGGGUCAGCAUCGGAUGAGAAUACAGGGAGUUACCAAUGCUGGGCCAAAGCUGAGCUCAAAAGUGAUGCAGUCAGACUAGAAGUGGUUGGCACCCCUCUGAUCCUGCAGACUCCUUCAGUCGUCUAUGUAGGGGAACCACUGACUCUCAGAUGUCACAGUUUUUCCAGUUACAAAAAGACAAACACAACCUUCUACAAGAAUAAAACUGCCAUUCACUUCUCCGACAACAACACCGAGUUGCGGUUUACAAGUGUAGACUGGAAUGUGUCCGGGUCCUACAGCUGCUCCCAAAAAAUACUCCUCCAUGAGACAUAUAAGAUAUUCAAUGCUACAGCAACUGUGACUGUCCAAGAGCGGCCUCAGAUAUUGCUUAGUGGAAUGACUCCGCGGUCUACAUGGAUUUUGGUCAUUGCCCUUCUUCUCCUGCUCUCUGCUGCUCUCCUGAUCUUCAUGUGGAGACACAAGCUUCAGAUUAGAGGGCAACACCUUGAGAAUACCAUCACAGAACCUCAGAGAAAAUGCGGGUCUGAAGAAGAUGAUGUGUGUUACACGUAUAUAGGAAUGAAGCAUGUACAGACAGCUUUGCCUGCUCAACAGCCAGAUGAUGACUACUCCAUUGUAUAUUCCUUGGUGACACCAGCAGUAGGCACCGUAGAAGGAACAGACUCUUCAUUGACUUGUUAAUAAAGAUCUUCACCAAGUUGCCAGCCGAUGAAUAAACUCAUCACAAGACAUCAAAGUGACCAGAAAAUCUACACAAGCUGUUUUAAAAUGCCCUUCAUCAAUUUAGCACGGGAGAAACAGUUCCAUACAUGGUAUCUGUGCUAAUACUGAUCUGUUGUAAUUAGUUCUACUAAUAAACUGUUGAGAUAGAAACCUCUGUUUAAACAUGGAGAGAGGAGUUGAGAGACAUUUUCAAAUUCACAGUCAUACAGAAAAGUGGAAAUCCUAUGGUGAAAUUCAAAAUGUUGUCCCCUGUAGGUCAAAGCCACCUCAUCAUUACGCACCUUUUAGCCCUUGGCAGUCAUCAUGCUUUGCUGGUUUUUAACUUCAUCUUUAUGCUACAAAGAUCGUCAAUAGAAGAAAAGACCAAUGUGGGGACUCCCAUAAUCUUGGGGACAAUAAAAAUAAAAUCCUACUUGAAGCACCUGGAGGCCUUAGGAGUCCUUAAGAAAAUAUGAUGCCCAUUGGCAAUUUGUUCUGGGAAUGUAUUGACCUGCCCUUCUAAACAGACUGAAUUACCCUCAGAUAUUCCAUUAUUUGUUGUGAUCUCAACCUUCUAUCUAUGCAACUUAACACUCAUAGACUUUUAGAUGUUGUAUUCCAAGCCAAGAAGAAUCUUUUGCUUCUCUGGACCCACCUCCAUUCUUUUUGUUCUGAUGUUAUUUUACCCUUGUUUUUUUUUAAAUCGAAUAAUGAAUUGUUUUCCUAAAUUUUUAUAACUAAUAAAGCUCAGUAAAUGAAAAUUCCCAAAAAACAAACAAAAAGAUUUUUCUAUACAAAUGAAAUGUAAUAUUUUCCCACUAAGGGGAACUGUGCCAGUAGAUGUCAGUGGUCCACAGUUCCUGGAAAAACAGUGUCUAGUUCCUUCCCUUAAAUUCCCCCUGCACACUUCUUGUGUAUUUAUAAUCCAAUCGGACUGUUUUGUAGAUCUAGAACAUAAGGAAACUAACAAUUUAAAUAGAAAAAUAAAAUUUAUACUUGAUACCAUAUCAACAUGAUGCAAUAUAACAUUACCACCAUUA